AUGGCUUCAGUGCGAGCGGCAGGUUUCUUUCUGUUCCUUUUCUUCCUCGCUGUCUGCCUUCAAGCUACGGACUGCGUGACAGUGAUCUUAGGAGACCCGUUUGAAGUUCCUGAGCGCUGCGGGCUGGGCGAGUCGGGCUCGCUGCUGCGGGAUAUGGGACAUGAAGGCACCCGGCAGGUCGCUACUUACCAGCGCGGUCAGUGGACGGUGAGCCCAGAGUACAGAGACCGGAUGGAGACCAACUUAUCAAAGAUUGUUUUCAUCCGCAUGCAGUACAACGAUGGAGGGAUCUACGAAGUGACCUGCUCCAAGACUGGCACCAAGUACGUCCAGCUGGAGGUGGUUUAUGCUGAAAAACUGUUAGUGACCGAAGGUGAUAACGUGACGCUCCACUGUUACUAUAAAACCAGAGGGAAACCAGGAUUAACUGUUCGGUGGGUGAAAAAUGGGAAACCUGUGUGUGUGAAGAACUCCAACUAUAAAGGUUGCAACGGGACACCUGAUGACAGACUGUCAAUACCUACUGACUGGAUCACUAGUGGAAAUCUGUCACUGACCAUUGAGGGGGUUCAGGAUGAGGAUAGUGGGGAUUAUUUCUGCUACAUCCAAGAUCAACAUGGGGAACAAUCAGGAACUCCUGAAGCUCACAGACUGACUGUCACUGAGAAAAUGACACAUCAGAUUAACAGCAGCACAGCAGCACCUGGAAAUACAACUCAGAGUUGCAGUGAACACACUCAGCCUUGGCAGAUCUCCACCUGGAUUCUCCUUGUGAUCCUGCUGCUUGUUGCUCUUGUUGCUCUUUGUUUGUGGCGCUGUGGAAAAAUAAGUUGUGAUUCUGGAAAAAAUUACAAGCUUGCAGAGAAAAGCUGCCAUCCUUCCAACUCUAAUGAAGCUACAACAAGUGUUUAAAUAGACCUGAUUAUUUAUUUGUCA